UCCGUUUAUAAUGGACUCACAUUGGCUGGAUCGGAUUGGACCAAAUCCCGUCCAAUUGACACCCCUACAUGCUGCUGAUUACACACUACCCAAAUCUUUAAGUUACUAAACAAUCAGUCAUGUGCAUUGCAUUUUUUUCCAAUUUAGUUUGUUAGCCAUACAUCUAUUUUCAUGUAUGCAUGCAUGUUUGAACACCUCUUAGCGUCUCAAGAAAUCCUAAAUAGCUCUGUGAGAGCUCAUGUUGGUUUCAAUUUUUCGUAGUGAAUUCCAAUCGAUGUAAUCACCUCAACUAUGCCAAAUUUAUAUGACAAUGGCACGGAUCAUCCACCCCUGGACAUAGCCCUUUAUAAUUGUGCUAAAAUGUGGAAUUGAAGCCCAAAAAACAUAUUUUUCCAAAUUCCACUCUGCUGUGAGCACAACCUUAAAUUUUGUGAUGGAAUUACUCCUCUAUGGACGAGGACCUGAAUGCAUCAUUCAGAUUUUCUCUAAGAGCAACCGAUACUCUAGUUGAUGUUUGGGCCAGAACUGGGCAGGGACAACAUUGUAUGUGGAAUGCUUGGACCGAGUUAUUGCAGAAAAUUGAGGUCUCUUCAUUACAUUUGAGAGAGAGAGAGAGAGAAAACUUUCUGUUUUCAAGGUUAGGCACAAGACAGUAGGGAAGGAAAUGGCAGAGCGACAGCCACUUGAUCAAGUAGAUCAGCAGAUGCAAUCAUCAACACCAAGGGAGGACAUGAUCGCCUGUGUCAUGGCAUUAGAAGCUGCACUACUUCCAUGCCUCCCAGCAAGAGAGCUCCAAGCUAUAGAUCGUUCCCCCCAUCCCUCUCAUCAGAUUGAUGUAGAGAGGCAUGCUAGAGAUUUCAUGGAGGCAGCCAAAAAGCUUCAGCUUUAUUUUAUUGGUUUGCAAAAUGAAGAUCAACCUACUAAGGAAGAGACACUUCGAAAGGAGAUUGCAGCGAUGGAGGAAGAGAUGAGACUGAAGACUGAAUUGAUCAAAAAGCAAGAAAGGUUAAUUGAAGGUUGGAGGAAAGAGUUGAAAGAGCAGCUAGACAAACAUGUAACAGAACUUGAGAGGGUGUAAUUGUCGGCUCUUCUGUAGCUUUUAUAAUAUUGUUAGUUAAUUUCCUUUUCCUCCAUUUGAGGUAAAAGAAGAGGGCAAAAAGGAUUUCUGCUGUUAGAGGUGAGAACUGUACUAGCAGUGAAAUUAAUAUUCCUUUCCCACUAGGAAGAAAAGAAAAUCAAAUGUGAGAAAGUGGAGUGAAAUAUUGACGUUCUUAAAUUCAGGUUUUGCGUAGUAGAGUUUCAUUCGGAGUGGAGUUUUACAUUGAUCUUGAUUUACACUCCAUUCAAAUGUGAACAAAACCGAAUUGAUGUAAAUUUUUAUAUUGAUGAUGUUUUACAUUGCUUCCAAAUGCAACUUAACCUUAUUUGUCA